UAGCGAAGCGUGUGGACGUCUAUACUAAAAGAGAACGAAGCGCACACAGAACAGAACAGAGAAAUAUCCCCCCCAAAAAAAAAAAAAAACAUAACAAAGUGAACGAACUUCUUCUUCUUACUGACGACGACGACGAGAUUUUGAUUUCAUUUUUUUUCAUCAUCAUCAACAACAACAUCUUUGUGUGACGUACAUUAAACAAAGAAGAAAUUCUGUUAACAUAUUCAUUAUUGUAAAUGAAAUAUCCAACUUGGCGGCGCAAAGAGAAAGUCGUCGAGUCAUCAUCAACAAUAACAACGAAAUCAUCGCCCAACCAUCGAAGGCAUUGACGAUUGCGAACAAUUGUGCAAUUGUGUGUGAGGCUAAGAAAAGUGGAGACAAAGAACAAGUUUUCUUAACCCAUCCCUCCCACUCCUGCCCCAGCCACCGAUCCGAACCAACACAUUGAUCGGGAGCAUCCUCAACAACAACAACAACAAUGGCUGUGGCCUUCUAUAUCCCAGAUCAGGCAACGCUCCUGCGUAAAGCCGAACAACAGGAGCAACAAAUCCUACGACUACGUGAAUCUCAAUGGCGUUUCCUGGCCACCAUAGUGUUGGAAACAUUGCGUCAAUUGGUGGACACAACGGCAAGUCAAUGUUUGCCGCGUUCCGGACGCAAAUGCAGCAAAUGGCGUAAACCAUCACAAUAAAGCCGAAAAUCUAAAAAACAACAAACAAAUCCCGGCGAUAACUGAGUAAACAACUAAAACUAACUGGCAACUAAAACCACUACAACAACUAAAUAAUCAUCAAGUCGAAAAAUAAAACUACUGCUUGAAUAUGGAACAAGUACAAAACCAACUAAAACACACAAUCUUAACCAUCAGCUGAUCCAAUCUGAUUCGAAAACUCCCAUGAGUCAACACCGACGGCAAAUGACAAGGCAGCAGCAGCAGCACUUUACUUCGUUUUUAUUUGAUUUGAUUUUCAUGAAUUCAACUUGGUAAAAUUUCCCCCACACACAUUUACACAUUUAAUUUUUUUUUUAAGUUUACUCAUCAAAGCGAUUGUGAUAAUGGUUUUGUUUCUACACAAAAAAAAAAAAAAAAAAA